AUGGAGGAUGACUUUUUCGAUUACUAUAUGAGGGCCAACCGAUUGAGGAAUGCACGGGAAAAAGUGACGCAAUUUGCAAGCGAUGCUUUUGAUGAUCUAUCAUUGGAUGAAGAUCAAUUGCGAGACAAAAUUGUUGGAGCGCAGGAUAUUGCAGUUUUACCAUUCCCAAAGGUGUCGAAUAAUGACAUUUAUAUGUUUUAUAAUACUGAGUACGACACAUUUGUUCACAGGCACAAGAUGUGUCAUACUAGUAUAAGAAAGAUCCGAGAGUCUUUUCCUCCAGAGUCUGAAGAAGACAGUGAAGAUCGAGCAGCAUAUGGGAAGAAGAUGGAGAAAGAGAUGGAGAAGGAGAUGGGGAAGAAGAUGGAGAAGGAGACGAAGAUUAGUAUCACUCUUUGUGUUGUAUAA